AUGUUCGCAAUUCUCCUAGGCAGACGACUCAGGCUUCCACCGGAGCUCUCUAUUUUGGCUGCCCGUCAAAUUUCGGUUUCUGAAAAUGCGGUCUUCUCCAAGCCGUUCACUACCGGGAAACCACCGCAAGGUGUUCGCGAAGAUGACACUGAGAAAUCCUUUACCCUCUCCUACCUCGUCAGCUCAUGCGGGUUGGCUCCAGACGUCGCCGUCCGUGCCUCCAGUAAACUCCAGCUGAAAUCGCCUGAAAGAACAGACGCGGUCUUGAAUCUCCUCAGAGAGUACGGAUUCACGGCCGCCAACAUCUCUGCAGUGGUCACCCGGUGGCCGAACGUUCUCUCUGCCUGCCCAGAAAAAACCCUUUUGCCCAAGCUCCAAUUUUUCGCCUCAUUCGGCAUCCCUCUCCCCAUCCUGGCCAGCAGGCUGUCCCGGAACCCUACCAUCUUAAGGUGCAGCCUGAAGAAGUCAAUCAUCCCCUUAUUCGAUUUCCUGAAAAACCUGCUGGGGUCGGAUAAGGGGGCCGUUCAAGUCUUUAUACAGGCUCCCCAGUUCUUCAGCUGGAGCCGGGCUAAUGACAUCUCAGCCAACCUCUCGUUUCUAGCAGCCCGUGGGGUCCCCCGGCCAUCUCUCGUGUCACUGGUCAAGUACGAGCUAACAAUGCUCAUGGUUCCUCAGGAAAAGUUAUCCUUGUGUGUGGAUCGAGCAAUAGAAAUGGGGUUUGACGUGUCCAAUUAUGCAUUUGUGAAGGCCACUCGGGUUUUUCUGGGUUUUGAUGAGUCGGCACUUGAGCGCAAGAUGGAGGUUUAUAGAAAGUGCGGCAUGUCUGAAUCCGACAUCAGGACCGCCUUUCUGAGUCAGCCGCACUGUAUGGCCUUGUCCGAGAAGAAGAUUUUGGAAGGUAUGGGUUUUCUGGUUGAUAAAUUAGGGUGGGCACCAGGUGACGUGGCACGGUGCUCUUGGCUCCUUGGGUACAGCUUCGAAAAGAGAAUGAAGCCAAGGUGGGCGGUUGCUGAAGUUUUGAGUGGGAAGGGGCUGAAGAAUGUGGCUAUCACAACUUUGCUAACGAUGUCCGAGAAGGUUUUCUUGAAGACCUAUAUCGAGAAGUACAAGAAGGAUGUUCCCGAACUUGUGGACAUUUAUCGAGAACAGUAUUCUGAUGAGUUGAUUGAUGGUUGUGUUUCAGCACUAUACAAACUUGUUAGUUAUCUUGAUGCACUCUCUACAGGUUACGCUGUAGAGAGUGUAUUUGAAGUUGAUGCUGUAUUUGAAGUUGAUGCUGAUGUAAUUCUACAGGUUACGCUGCGUUUCUUUCCGUGGAUAGUAUAA